AUGGACGCUCCAAGAGAUGAACAGCGUGGUGUGGUCAGGUUUUUGACUGCUGAAGGUGUUUCCCAACACGAAAUUAGUCGCCGUAUGGCUGCCGUGUACGGUGAACAUUGCAUUUCAUUGGCCACUGUGAAGCGUUGGUGCAAACGGUUCAAAGAAGGACGUGAAAGUUGCAAAGACGAUCCAAGACCGGGCCAAAGCCACCGUGCAAUCACCCCCAACACAAUUGCACAGGUUGAUGAGCUGAUUAGACAAGAACGGAGGAUAAGCAUCGAUGAACUGGCAGAGCAUGUGAACAUCAGUCACGGUUCGGUUCACACCAUAAUUCAUGACCAUCUCGGUUAUCGGCUCUUGUGUGCUGAAUGGAUGCCCAAGAUUUUGAACGACCGCCAGAAGACAGAGAGGUUCGGCGCUGCCUUGACUCAUCUGAUCCGGUAUCACAAUGAGGGUAACGACUUCUUGACUGCAAUUGUGACAGGGGACGAAUCAUGGUGCCACCACUACGAGCCUGAAACACGCCGGCAGAGCUUACAGUGGAAACAUUUGAAUUCGCCACCCCCAAAGAAAGCAAAGGCCGUCAUCUCCGCAGGUAAGGUAUCCCCGAACGUGGACACCGCCCACUGUUCCGAGAGCAUCCGAUUUUCCUCAUCUCGACGUUUCCUCACAGCUGCAGUGGGGAAAGUUGUAACUUGA